AUGACACGAAUUGCCAUCCUCGAAUGUGACACCCCCAUUGAUCCCGUCAAAGAUCGCUAUGGCAGCUACGGCGACAUGUUUCAGAGGCUUCUCAACACCUCUCUUGCUUCACUUGAAAAUACGAACACUACGCUUGAACUGACCAAAUGGGACGUGGUGGAGAACUCAGUGUUCCCUGAUCCAGGGGACUUUGAUGCACUUCUAUUAACCGGAAGCAAACACGAUGCUUUUUCAGAUACGCCAUGGAUAGUCGAAUUAACCAACUACGUCCAAAAAACCCAUCAACACAAGAAACCCAUCAUCGGAAUCUGCUUUGGCCAUCAAAUCAUUGCCCGCGCAUUAGGUGCGCGAGUCGGUCGGAGUGACGCUGGAUGGGAAGUAUCAGUCGAGCAGAUCUCUCUGAGUGAUGCGGGCAAGCAGCUGUUUUCCAGGGACACAUUCUCAUUGCAUCAAAUGCAUCGCGAUAUCGCCCACGAAAUCCCCGCGGGAUGCGUGAAUCUCGGCUCGACACCCAUCUGUGAGGUCCAGGGGCUAUAUAUGCCGGGUCGCAUUCUGACGGUCCAGGGACAUCCGGAGUACGAUGGGUUUGUGAUUACGAGUUUGUUGGACGCUCGGUAUAAGAUGGGGAUAUUUGGUGAGCGGACGUUUUAUAGUGGGAUUGAGAGAGCGGGAAAGCCGCAUGAUGGGUUACUGUUUGGAGAGGCUGUGUGGAGGUUUAUUUUGUUUUAA